AUGCUGGAUAAGGCGGCCAGCUACAUCAACGUGGAAGAAGCGCAGGCGGCGCGAAGGAAAGCGGACAAGCCACCUCUCGUGGCUUAUAGACCGGAGAGAAGAGCACCUCAAACGCCCGAUCAACCUCUCCCGCGUGCUCGGGAUGCUCGACCAACUUUCCAACCCAGGCAGGAUGCCCGACCGAUGCCACGUGUAGCUGCAGUUCAGGUCCCUCGACCUGGACCUUGGGGACCGCGCUAUUGCACAUAUCAUCGGUCUCACACGCACGCCACCAAUGACUGUUUCCAAUUUGCCCAUGAUUCCCGGCGAGCUGCUGAGCUGGGUCUGCCACUACCUGAGUUGGCUCCUCAAGUCCAGCGAAUGAUGGAGGAACAGCGCAAUGCAGCAGGGCAGGCUAGUCGACCCCGAGCUGAGCAAGAGGGGCCAAGCAUGCAACCACAAGGGCACACUGGAGAACCAGGAGAAGCCCGCGAGGCAGAAAAUCGGGGUAACGCGGAUAUAAGAGACAUAGGCAUGAUCUCUGGAGGUCCCACCGACGGAGAUUCAGGCCGGGCGCGCAAGUCUCAUGAGGGCCGGUUGGAGAUCCAUGCAAUAGGGUGCAGCCAGGAGCAGGCUGCUGGUCUGGUCAUUAGUUUCAGACCGUCGGUUUUCGAAGAAAUGCAGAUUGAUGCCAGCGAGCUCCAGCCGGUGGCUACUUCUCUAUAUGGAUUUACUGAUGAACUAGCAAAUAAAGCCGCAGAGAUAAGAAAAAGGUUUGAUGAGAUCACCAAGGAGUGGAAACUCCUAAAGUUGCCUAAGAAGGCUGGAAAAAGAAAGAGAAGCCCCAUGCUCUCAGAUAUGAACCGAGAAACAGGCUCUUUAGUGGUUGAAUCAGAUGUUCUUGGAAGAGAAGAGGAAAAAGAUGUGCUGGUUAAAUGGCUGCUGUCAGAAGAUGAUACAACAGGAAAUGGAGUUUCUGUAAUUGCUGUAAUUGGGAUGGGGGGACUGGGUAAAACAACACUGGCUCAGCUUGUCUAUAAUGAUCAGAGAGUGAAAAGCUAUUUCGAUUUAACAGGAUGGGUCUGUGUAUCUGAAAAUUUUCAUGUUGUUAGUUUGACUGAGAAAAUUCUACAAUCAUUCACAAAAGUGAAAGUUCAUGAAGAACUAGAUGAGCUCCAACGUGCACUACAAGAGAAUUUGCAGGGGAAAAGGUUCUUACUGGUAUUAGAUGAUGUUUGGAAUGAUAACUUUUGUCUUUGGGAACAAUUAAAAAAGCCGCUGCUAUCGGCUAUUGCAGGUAAAGUUAUAGUAACUACUCGGAAUCAUUCUGUUGCUCGUAUUAUGCAGACAACAAGAGACAGUCUGAAGUUGAAUGUCUUACCUUUUGAUGUGUGCUGGUCAUUGUUCAAGAAAGUCACUUUGGGAGGAGCGGAUAGAAGCUUACGUCCAGAUCUUGAAGACAUCGGUCGGAGGAUAGUAGAGAAGUGCAAAGGCUUGCCCUUGGCUGCCAAGUUGAUCGGGGGUGCUUUAAGAAAUGAAGAAGAUAAAGAAUCAUGGACGGACAUCAUAGAAAGUGAGAUAUGGAAGUUAGAUGACAGAAAUAUUGAAGUUUCACCAGCACUUCAAAUAUCAUAUGAUUGCAUGCUGAUACAACUUAAAAGAUGCUUCCAAUACUUGUCCUUAUUUCCCAAAGACACAAGUUUAUCUUCAAAAAGAAUAGUCCAAUUAUGGAUGCCACAAGGUAUUUUUCCUCUUGAUGGAGAUAAGAGAGCUGAGGACAUUGGCAGUGAUUACAUAAAAAGAUUGGUUGAGAGGUCAAUGUUAAAUCCUGAAGAAGGGUCUUAUUUUUCGAUGCAUGAUCUUGUUCACGAUCUUGCACAAUAUGUAGCGCAGGAUGAAUGCCUCUGUGUGAUUGAUAACAAUUUCGACAGAAAGAAAUUACAAGAGAUUCGACACUUAUCGGUCAAUGGUGAAAACAUUAAGCUUUGCCAAGACAAGACAAAUUUUUUAGAGUCUGACAAUCUUUUCCAAAAAUUGAAAUACAUACGUGCACUUGAUUUGAACUAUAUGAACAUCACAAAGCUACCGGAUUCAUUGGGCAACCUCAAACUACUGCGUUACCUUUCUAUAGAAUAUACUAAUGUCAGGAGUCUUCCAGAGUCCAUAUGCAACCUUUACAACUUACAAAUUCUCCAUGCUGAAAGUGUUUAUACACUCCCAAGGCACAUUGGAAAUUUGAUAAACCUACGUCAUCUUUGGUUUUCUCACCAAGUUGUCUUUCUUCCAUCUGGAAUUGGAAACUUGACCAACUUGCAGACACUCAACCACUUCAGCGUUAGUCGUGAAGAAGAGCAUUGCAACAUAGGAGAAUUGAAUAGUUUGAUGAAACUUGGAGGAAGCAUCUCCAUUGAUAAUAUAGGUGAGGUGAAUAAUUUUUCAAACUCAAAAUUUCCUCUGAAGACAAAAAAGUAUCUUGAUUCUUUGGAGUUAUAUUGGUACGAUUGGUUUGACUAUGCUGAUGAAAAGAAGGCAGAGUGGCAGCUCGAGUACCUGGAACCGCAUGUCAAUCUCAAGACCCUUGAAAUAACCAAAUAUCCAGGAAUCAAAUUUGUUGGAUGGGUGGGCGCUUCAUCCUUCACUAAAUUGAUCAAGUUGAUUCUAAGAAAUUGUAAGAAUUGUAGUAAACUUCCACCGUUGGGUCAACUUCCUUCUCUAGAAGAGCUUGAGAUAAUUGGGAUGGAUGGCGUACAACAUGUGGGACGUGAAUUUUGCUCCAUGCUAAUACCAUCUCCAUCUUCUCAGGGAGAGCUUAAUAUUUGGAAGAUGGAUGACGUUCAACAUGUGGGAUCUGGAAUUUCCUCCACGCUAGAGCCAUUUUCAUCUUCCUACAAAAUUGCAUUUCCCUCUCUUAAAUUAUUGCUAUUUAGCAGCAUGAAAAAUUGGAAAGCGUGGGAUGGAAUACAGAGUGGAGAUUUCCCCAAUCUCCAUUUUAUUGAAAUUUAUGAAUGUUCAAAGCUGAUCAACUUUCCAAAGUGGCCCUUGUUGCCUUCGUCAGGAACAUAG